CCCAAACUCCUCCCCCCACGGCAAAGGCGAGAAAGGGAAGGGAAGAACCUGUGUGUGUCUCUCUGUCCCUCUAGAAUUCACGCAGAGGCAUUCAUAAUUCUCUGUUAUUGAGCUGUUCUGGCUUCAACUGAGGCUCUUGGUGUACCGGACCUAGUAACCUUGCUCUAAAACUCAUGUCAGCACCAAACGAGGAUACUAUGUCCAGUCAGCUUUCAUCCCAUUUUUUUGGGGAUCUUCUUGAUUCCAUUAUUGUUGAUGUUGCAUCUGAGUGUCAUCGGAUAGCAAGGCUGGGCCUUGAUCGAAAUCUGGAAGAAGAGGAAGAAGAAUUGAGGUUGUCAGCACAAGCCCGAGUAAGGGUAGCUGAUCCUAGUAACAGUGGUGAAGCAAAUAGCAAGUAUGUGGUUGACAUAUUUGGACAAUCUCAUCCUGCCAUAGCAAGUGAAAUAUUCGAAUGCAUGAACUGUGGCCGAUCAAUCAUGGCUGGAAGGUUUGCUCCUCAUUUGGAAAAGUGCAUGGGAAAGGGUAGGAAGGCUCGUCUCAAAGCAACAAGAAGUAGCACAGCUGCACAGAACCGGUACUCACGAGGCAGUCCUGUUUCCUCAUACUCCCCUUAUUCAAAUUCCACCAGCACAAGCCGGCUAUCGAAUGGAACACCUGGUGUUGGAGGUGAGGAGUACUCCAAUGGCACAUUGGAAGAGCCGUGAAACAAACUUGAAGAAAUGUCACAGACCAUCACUUGGUUGAUAGACUACAAGUUAUGGUUUUUCUGUUUCUUCUGAGGGAUAUUUGACAUGGGCACUGAGGGGUUUAGGGGCUUUGGUGUCAUUGCAGCAUAAUAUCUUGAAACACUGCAAAUCACACUUCUUUUCUUUGUUUGGAAGCCAUUGUAAGGAAGAAUUAACUCUUGAAGUAAGAUUGCCACAAUAUAGUUAUACCAGUACCAGUUUCUUCAUGUUC